GCUCAAAUGUAGGUACAAUGAUUUGAGAUUCAUCCAGGAGAAGUGAAGCACUCGUGCGGGAUAAAGUGGACUAGAAUGGCUUCACCAUUAUGGCAGACCUACCGAUUAAUAUGCAGUACAAGGGCUACGAAGUUGAUAAUCUUUCUGUUGUUAGCAACGAUUCUAAUUCUCAGUAUGGACGGAGAAUUACUCAGAAAAAAACUGGCUGUACCUACUGCAGGGGAAGAUGACCUUGCAGAGGAGAGGGCACUUGCCAAGGAAAACGACCUUGCAGAGGAAAAUGACCUUACGGAUGAGAAUGAACUUGCAGAUAAGAACAGAGUUGCAGAGAAGGAAGAACUUACGAAAGAGAACCCAUUGGCUUGCAAUGUCCCCGCAUUAGAAACCUAUUCACAGUUCGUCAGUGCCUUGAAAACUCUCGAGACACAUUGCAGCCAUCCAAAAACGUUCGGUGGGCCGCCGAAGGGGAAACACGACGCGAAGAAGAUCAUCUGCCUGGACGAAAGGUUCAAGAUCGACCCCCAGAAUUGCAGUGUGUUUUCCUUUGGCAUCAAUAGAGAUUUCAGCUUCGAGGACGGCAUGGCACGCUAUGGCUGUCAGGUGUUUGCAUACGACCCAACAAUGGGCGUGGAUGAUCACCAGCGUUCGGAAAAAGUGAGAUUCUUCGCCACUGGGAUUUCGAAUUACAACGGAAUGAAAUUAGUUGGCAUGUCGAAGUCCUGGUCUAUGCAAAAGGUGGACAGGUUCGAGAACUUGGUGAAGGCCGUCGGCAUGGAAGGGAAGACCAUCGACGUGGUGAAGCUGGACGUGGAGUUGGCGGAGUUAGAUUUCAUGCAAGACAUGCUGUUCAACUCUCGCCAUGUGCUCAAGAACAUCAAGCAGAUAGCCAUGGAGAUUCACUCGGAUUUAUACAAAAAAGACAUAGGUCAGCUCUCAUCCCAUCAAGUCUUCUGGCCUUAUCUGAACAUGAUGCGAUGCGCUGGAUUCAAGCUCAUCACAACCAGAUCUGGAGGAAAAUGGAGAGAGGUGGUUUGGGCACAAGAGAAACAAUGGUGAUUUUCCUCCGUGGUGCUUGGCGUGCGAGGCCAAGAUUCCUUGGUUAAGUGAUAAAAUUUCAGUGAUAAAAUUUUCAAUGUCCUUCCAAAAGUAUACUGGUGUAGGUGUCACAUGUCACUUAUACGAAGUUUUAUGUGAGCG